AUGCCCAUCGUGGACAGUGAUGAUUUACAAAGUGAAAUAACAGACAUCACAAUUGUGAGUUCCAAAAGUCUUGAGAAUAUAAUUCCAGACGUAAAGGCUUUAAAAAAAUUGUGCAUGGCUCGAACAAAUAUUUUAAAUAUCUUGCAGGGGCAGAUAAACAGCGACGAUAACAUUUCAACUAAUCGUAAAGUGAACAAUUGGUUGGCUCAAACGUCUGGUUCUGUUACGCAGUUAAUUUAUAACAGAAAAAAUUGCGAACCACAGGGGAGCAACGUUUCAAAUUGUUACUGCUCUGAAAACGAAAUAAAUAAAUUGAAAGACAAAUUAAAUCGUAUUAUAAAUAGUUUGAGAAACAAGAGGUGUUAUAAAGCGUACCUCGCAGUAAUUGAUGAGUUACUUGACUGGAUAUAUAGUAUCAUAUUGAAUAAUAUACAAGUUACAAACAACAAACCCGAUGUAAUAGAUUCGGUAUUAGAACACAACGAAUGUCUAGUACAGGGACAAACUCAUGAAACGAGCAAGAAAUCUGGUGUAUAUUGUCCAUCAGACUACAGUAUAGACACAGAAUGCGAAGAUGCUUACAACGAUUUCAUGCGAGAAAGAAUGUUCAAAGAAGUGGAUAAAACUAUUAGUAGUUCCGACAGCGAGAAUGAAAUUUUUGAUAGAGUUUCUGAAAUAUCGAAUGAACAAAUGCUACAACGAGAAGAAUUGUUAACAGAACUUUCUAAACGCGAUAUAAACAGCAAUUUUAUGCAUCGAAUAACUAUUGAAGAUUCUAAUGCAGCGGAAAGAUCUGAAAAAAUUAAUGCUGCGAAUCGAAUUUCAAAACCAACUAAUUCAGUACCUGCGUCUAAUGAUUUAAAACAUUUCACACAAGAACCAACGGCAAAUGUGAUUGAGAAUGGAAACAAGGAUAUUGAGGAAUGGAGUAAGAAAACUGGAGAAACCUGUUCCGUGAAAUUUAAAAAUAAAAAAGGAUCGAUAUCAUCGAGUGUUAACAGAGAAACUAAAUUGCUGUCCUGUUGGGUUCCAAAGGUAAUAUGGGACUCAAAUUUGGAGUUAAUUUUCGAAGGUAAUUUAAUAAAAGAAUCCGGUCAUAUUGUGCGUAGAAAAUUUAAAACAGACCCUAUACUUUCUCGAAAAUCACCGAAAUUGAUCGAGACGAUAUAUCACGAAUUCUAUACGCUUGUUGGCGAGUUAAGCGAUACGAACGAAGUGGUACCCAAAAAGUUAAUACCAAAAUGUCGUCGCGGAUGUCCCUUAAGAAUAAAAGAAUUUUGUGAAAAAUGGAAAUCGCUGCAAAGUGAUGAAUGUACCAAACAGGAAGCAACUGAUGUAGACGCGAUAAGUAUCGGUAGAAGUUUAAAAGGCAGGAGAAUUAUACCCCCAUUAAAAUAUUGGACUGGAGAACGCGUUUUUUCUAAAGGCAAUAAUACAUUAUACACUCCGAGUACUUCGCAAGUCCCUCUGGCGGCUAUUUCAAAUGAUAACAGUAAAAAGAAAAGUAAAAAGAAACAAUGA